AUGGCGACCUGCACCAUGAAUGACGAAACUGUUUUGACUGUUGACAAAUGGAAGAUGAUAUUUAAUAUUCGCACAUGCUCUAAGUCAUCCAUGAGGAGCAAUUAUAAAAAGAAAAAUUUACCACUGAGUGAACAUAUCGAGGACGACGGUCUUAGCACCGGCAGCAUUCACAAUCGGCCAAAAUGUGUCCUUAUUCACCUCCGUCACUUGGCCGAUCUCCGCCGUCACCGUCGCCGCCGUGGAGUCAAGGCUCGCCCUGACCGGAAACCCCGUGGUCAGCCGCCUCGCUGGCCUCUUCACAUUCAGCUGAAGGUAAUCCGCUGCGACGCAGACCGCGGGUUGCUGCCUGGAGGUAAUAAUCCCGUGGGACGCGGAGCUAUGCGGCACUGCGGUCCUUGGAGCUGCUCUGUAGACCUGCAAAGCCAUAGUAGGUGCGUGAAUUAUGUGUGA